AUGACCCCAUCCGGGCUGAAGGCGGUGGUGCGCGAGAAGAUCCUCAGCGUUGUCUUUCGCAGCGUGAAGAAGGAAGGAGAAUGGAAGGUGCUGAUCAUGGACCGCCCCAGCACACGCAUCCUUUCGUCGUGCUGCAAGAUGUCCGACAUCGUGGAUGAAGGCAUCGCGCUCGUGGAAGAUAUUAACAAGCGCCGGGAGCCAAUCCCCAGCCUGGAGGCCAUCUACCUGCUCAGCCCUGUGGAGAAGGUAGGAGCUCGGGCCUGGGCCCACCUCCCGAUGUCGGUGCAGGCUCUGAUCGAUGACUUCCAGGGCACCCCCACCUUCACCUACAAGGCAGCUCACGUCUUCUUCCUCAGCCCGUGUCCUGACCCUCUGUUCAACAAGCUGCGGAAGUCACGGAUCACCAAGGCCAUCAAAACCCUCAUGGAGAUCAACAUGGCCUUCCUGCCCUAUGAGAGCCAGGUGUACUCCCUGGACAGGCCACAGACCUUCCACAUCUGGUUCAGCCCCUGCUCCGCCUGGGAAAGGAACAAGGACCUGGAGAUCCUGGCAGAGCAGAUUGCUUCGUUGUGUGAAACCCUGGAGGAGUACCCAGCCAUCCGCUACAGGAAGGCCCGUGAAGAUAACUUCCACCUGGCGCAUGCUGUACUGGCCAAACUCAAGGUGUUCAAGGCAUACGAGCCCAGCAUGGGAGAGGGCCCUGACAAAGCCCGCUCUCAGCUGUUGAUUGUGGACCGGCGCUUCGACCUGGUGUCCCCACUGCUGCAUGAGCUCACCUUCCAGGCCAUGGCCUACGACCUGCUCAGGAUCGAAAACAACACCUACAGGUACGAGACAACGGGCGCCAGCGACUCGCGGGAGAAAGAGGCGCUGCUGGAUGAUGAUGACGAACUCUGGGUUCAGCUACGCCACCUGCACAUUGCUGACGUCUCCAAGAAGGUGACGGAGCUGCUGCGCACCUUCUGUGAGAGCAAGAGGCUGACCACGGACGAGGCCAACAUUGAGGACCUGUCCCAGAUCCUGAAGAAGCUGCCCGAGUACCAGAGAGAGCUGAACAAGUACUCCACGCACCUGAACCUGGCCGAGCACUGCAUGCGGCACUUCAAAGGGACGGUGGAGAAGCUGUGCAGCGUGGAGCAGGACCUGGCCAUGGGGACGGACGUGGACGGGAAGGUGAUCAGGGACCCGAUGAAGAUCAUCCUGCCCGUCCUGCUGGACCCCAGCGUGCAGGCCUACGACAAGAUCCGCAUCAUCCUGCUCUACAUCCUCCUGAAGAACGGUGUGAGCUUGGUGAACCGCCACAAGCUGAUCCAGUGUGCCAACGUCCAGCAGCUGAGCGGCAUCAUCGACAACAUGGACUUCCUGGGCAUCUCCAUCAUGCCUGGGGUAAGGGACUGGGGCCAGGGGCAGCAGGGGCAGCUGCGACCCAAGAGGAAGGUGCGGCCGGAGUCCACCUACCUGCUCUCCCGCUGGACCCCCAGGCUCAAGGACGUCAUGGAGGACAUCAUUGAGAAGAAACUGGACAACAAACUGUGGCCCUUCAUAUCAGACCCGGUCCCCACCACCAGCUCCCAGGCUGCUGUCCCCUUCAUCACCCGCUUUGGGCAUUGGCACAAGGGCAAGCCAGCGGCCGAGUACCGGACGGGCCCGCGCCUCAUCAUCUACGUGCUGGGUGGGGUGACCAUGUCUGAGAUGCGCUGCGCCUACGAAGUGACCCGGGCCACCAAGGGCGAGUGGGAGGUGGUGAUCGGUUCCAGUCACAUCCUAACCCCCAAGAGCUUCCUGGAUGACGUCCAAACCCUCGACCGGAAGGCCCCUGAGGAGGUCUAG